AUGGAGAUGCACCCACAGCAUCUGCUGGAGGCCCUGACAGAUGCCAAGCCUGAGGCAAUCCGGCUCUUGGCCAAGGAGUGCAGGCGCCAUGGAUUUGAUGGACUGGUGCUGGAGGCAUGGUCACUCUGGCAUGCAUAUGGCUUAGUCCAGCAACAUUUCACGCUGAUCAAGAGUUUCUUGAAGGACCUGGCAAGGGCCCUGCACAAGCAGACAGGACCCUCCGGCGAUCCUCUGGACCUUAUCCUGGCAGUGCCUCCUGUGGUGCCUGCGCAAGGCCAUGGGCAGCCUGCCUUCACACCAGCUCACUUCAAGCAGCUGGCUCCAUUCGUGGAUGGGUUCUCCCUAAUGACCUAUGACUGGAACAUUGGGGCUCCUGGCCCAAAUGCGCCGUUCAACUGGGUGGAAGCAAACCUGAAGCAGCUGCUGUCAGCCUGCUUGGGGCACAGCUGCCACAAAGUGUGGUUGGGAGUGAACUUCUAUGGAAGGGAUUUCACCCGCCAAGCGCCGGAGGGGAAUGUCGUGCUGGGACAUGAUUACACUCGGAUACUGAAGCAGCAUCAGCCGCAUCUGCAUUGGCAUGAAGAGUAUAGGGAACAUGUCGCUACCUAUCAGAAGGACGGCAGGCAGCACCAGAUGUACUAUCCAAGCGUUGAAGCUCUUCAGGCUCGUGUGACACUUGCAAGGGAGCACAUUUUUGGGAUCUCCAUCUGGGAACUUGGGCAGGGACUUGAUGACUUCAUGACAGCCUUUUAA